AUGCACUUCAGUUCUUACGCAUCAUUGUUAGCCAUAUUCUGUGGCGCGGUUCUCUGUGAAGGCAUUGUCUUUGACCCGAUUCUCAAACCAGAACAAGGAGAAGUCAUCCAAGCUGGAAGUGCAUAUACAAUCAAAUGGACAUCUACCGCAAACAAGCCAGUCAAACUUACGCUACACAACCAAAAGCCAGCGGGAACCUCAAAUGAUAAUGAGGGAACUGUGAUCAAGGAUAGCAUCGCCAGCAAAGAAGCGCAGUACGAUUGGAACGUGGACGGAAAUAUCACCGGCUCCAAUAACCAGAUGUGGUAUAUCAAACUUGCUCUCGCCAAUGAUGCCGAGACAUUCAGUUAUUCCCCUGGCUUCAAGAUUCAUUCCAAUGGCUCUUCUAGCUCGAAUUCCUCUAGUUCGACGACGAGUGGUUCCUCGAUGACUGCUACGGGUAGUCCAACUGGCUCAGGCUCGGCGUCCGCAUCAGUGUCACCGGCUAGCUCGACCUCUUCGGCUGGGGGUAACAUGGCUACGGCUCUGCCACUUGUGCUUGCUGGUGCUGCUGCUCUUGGUGCAUUUGUGCUUUAG